GUGGUCGAAGGAAAGAUUGUAGCUGGAAUCACGUGAAUGUAAUGAAGAAACAGUGUAAAUACUGUGAAACUGUAAUAAGUGCUGGAAGAUUGAAAAUUGAGCAUGUGAGGAUACAUUUGAAAAAAUGUAGAACAUAUUUGCAAACUGUAUGUGCAAGUUCUGCAUCUGCAGACGCAGAUAGUAAAAGUGAUACAGAGACCAAACUUAUGGAUUGCGAUGCACAUUCACAUACAGCUACAAAUGAAAUUGUUGAGCCACCCACUACAAGUGCAUCAGCAACAACAGAUAUAAUGCUCCAUGAAACGCCGACUUCAAAACCUUUUGAAAAGAAGAAGACACAUCUUAAUUUAAAACAAAAAUCGAUCACCGGCCAUGUUGUUAAAACAAAUGCCGAGACAGCAAAAAAAUUGGAUAGAAAAAUAGCAUUAUUUUUCUAUUCUUGUAACAUUCCAUUCUCCGUAGCAAACAAUCCCAGUUUCAUUGAUAUGAUUCAUGAAUUACGACCCGGUUAUAAGUGUCCUAACAGGAAAGAUUUGGGAGGAAAAUUACUAGACGACGUCAGCGAAUCUAUUGAUCUUCAGAUGAUUGAAGACCUUUGUAAUAGUAAUCGUCCUUUAACAAUUUUACAAGAUGGAUGGUCAAAUGUGCGAAAUGAUCCUAUUAUAGCAACAAGCAUACAUACUGGGAAAGAUUCGUAUUUACUCUCCGCCACGGACUGUGGAGCAGAAAAGAAAACAGCAGAAUACUGUACUCAAUUGGCCAUACAGUCCAUUGAAGAUUGUAAACGAAAAUACAACAAAGAUGUAUUCGCGCUAGUCACCGAUAAUGAGAACAAGAUGAAGAUGUUAAGAAGAAAUAUACGGGAAACGUAUUCGGAAAUUUUAACCUAUGGGUGCAGCUCACAUUACUUGAAUUUACUAGAAAAUGUUAUUUCGCCAAAAACAGUAUUGAAACAUAUUAUUGAAAUACAAACUUAUUGGAGAAAUCAUCAUCAACCGCAUGGUUGGCUACGUGAGAAAAAUGGAAAAAUGCCCCAAAUUCCAAACGAUACACGGUGGAAUUCCCAAUUAGAUUGUGUAAGGACUUACAAUCAAAAUUAUUUCACAUAUAGAGAAAUUAUAAAAGAACACCCGCAAGAAAUUAUAGAGCCCAUUAAAAGAAAAAUUAACGAUUUUAAUAUCUACCAAAAUUCCCUGGAUUUAGAAGAACAGUUAAAAGUUGUUGGUACUGCCUUAGACACGCUACAGGGUGACAAUGUCUCAUUAGCUGAUGCAGUUCAUUGCUGGAUUAAGUUAUUGGAAAGUGAUAGUAUGCAACAUUACAAAGAUGAUGUUCUUUCUAAAUUUCGGGAGGCAAUGCAACCAUUUCAUUAUGUUGCAUAUUUGACCGAUCCAAAAUAUUUAGAUAAACCUCUACCCGAACAAUAUGAAACUGAAGCUGAAGAAUGGCUUGCUGAACAACAUCCCAACUUCCUGAACGGACUUCUGCUCUUUAAAAUAAAAGACGCCGACUUUUAUCCUAAAGCUAUGUUUACUGAUUCAGUUGUUAAAGGCAUGCCUGCUCAUAAAUGGUGGACUGUAAUGAGUGUUAAAUUCAAGGAUGAGGAAAGGAAGAAGAUGGCAGUGUAUUUUUCCCAGCUGCACAGCUGUCCUGCCAGUUCAGCAGCCAUUGAACGAAUUUUUUCAACUUUUGGUUUGGUGUGGUCCAAACUACGCAAUAAACUUGGAGCUUCCAAAGUUGAAAAACUUGUUAAAAUAUAUCGAUAUUGUCAAAUAAAAAAAAAUAAAUAAAAGUUAG